GGAGCGAAAUUUUGCGCGGUUUCAAUUGGUCCAGCUGAUAUUUGUUUUUCUCAAUAUCUCCGUCUUUAUUUUUUAGCUUGUUACGUAUUAGGGAUCAAAGUUGUGUGUGUUAGAUAGUUCAAUCACAUUCAAUUAAUGGUGAUUUGACACUUCAAACCUGCGCAUUAUGGCGGCUAAACAGACUACCCAAAUUCUAAAACGUCUUCGGAGUUUGAUGAAAGAUACAACUUUCGUUACGGAAGCUAUCCAAGCUUACAUUGUACCAAGUGGAGAUGCACAUCAGAGUGAAUAUUUAGCUGACAGUGAUCAGCGUAGGGCUUUUGUCUCUGGGUUUACUGGUUCAGCUGGUACGGCUGUCAUAACAGAAACAGAUGCAUGCCUGUGGACUGAUGGCCGUUACUUCAAUCAAGCUGAGAAACAAUUGGAUGCAAAUUGGACAUUAAUGAAAGAAGGUAUACCUACUACUCCAACUCAAGGAGCUUGGCUUGCCAAAACAUUACCAGUAGGAUCAAAAGUUGGUGUGGAUCCAAGACUAUUUUCCAAAGACCAAUGGACUCCUUUAUCAAAAACUCUAAAAUCCAAUGGCCACAUUCUGGUUCCAGUGGAAAGGAAUAUAGUAGAUGCCAUUUGGGAUGAUAAACCCCCACCUCCAUCCCAUGUUAUUCAACCUCUUGGAAUUGAAUUUACUGGUAAAUCUUGGCAAGACAAAGUUAAAGAUGUCAUUCAAGAAAUGGAUGCCAAAAACUGCUCCUUGUUAUUACUGACUGCUCUUGAUGAUAUUGCAUGGUUGCUAAACUUACGUGGUUCUGAUAUUCAGUACAAUCCUGUAUUUUUCUCAUGGGCGCUGGUCAAAACGAAUGGAGAAAUUCAUUUAUUCGUCGACCCAUCUAAAGUGACACUCUCGGUUAGACAGCAUUUAAAUCUGGAAGCUGACGUUGAAAUGGCAGAACUGGUUUCGUCUCAGACCAACAACAAUGUAUUGGCUAUUCUGCACCCGUACGAGGAUGUUGACGGAUUCUUGGCUGCUGAAAUUCCACAGCAACCGAAGAAGAUCUGGAUAAGCGACAAAAGUGCAGUCGCAUUUUCAAAUCUAGUUCCUGAAGAUAUCCUUUGUAGUGAUGUGUCGCCUGUUGUUUUCAUGAAAGCGAUCAAGAAUCCAGUCGAGAUGGCCGGCAUGGAAAACGCGCACAUCAAGGACGCAGCUGCUCUCUGUUGUUUCUUUGCGUGGUUGGAGAAAGAAGUUGAAUCGCAGCGAGUUGUGACUGAAAUAUCUGCCGCCGAUAAACUAGCUGGCUUUCGUGCUGAGCAAGCCGAUUUUGUUGGUUUGAGUUUUGACACGAUUAGUUCGUCGGGUUCCAACGCAGCUAUCAUUCAUUACAAACCCAGUCCUGAGACGGACCGUCCCAUUAAUGACCGCGAAAUUUACCUUUGUGAUUCCGGUGGACAGUACAAGGAUGGUACAACUGACGUAACACGCACUGUACAUUUUGGAUGCCCUACACCCUUUGAGCGCCAAUGCUUUACCCGCGUUCUGAAGGGUCAAAUGAGUUUGGCUACCUGCCUUUUCCCAUCCAAAAUUAAAGGCAAUGUAUUGGAUGUUUUGGCGCGCAAGGCUUUGUGGGACGUUGGCCUUGAUUAUCUUCAUGGCACGAGUCACGGAGUUGGUCAUUACCUCUGCGUUCACGAAGGCCCAAUGGGAAUUUCUUGGAGAGUUUACCCAGACGAUCCGGGUCUAAGCGAGAAUAUGGUUCUUUCAAAUGAACCAGGUUUUUAUCAAGACGGAGAAUUCGGAAUUCGCAUCGAAAAUUUGGUUAAAAUAGUGUCAGCCAAACCCGAGAACAAUUUCAAAGACCGCAAAUUUUGUACUUUUGAAAAUCUAACUUUUGUCCCCAUCCAGCAAAAGAUGAUCAUUGCUGAAAUGUUGACCAAGGAAGAGGUUGCUUACAUCGACCAAUACCAUACCCAGUGUCGUGAUAAAGUAGCGCCUCUUUUACAGAAGAUGAACAAAAAAGAAGGCUUGAAUUGGCUUAUGAGAGAAACGGAACCGGUUGGCUAAAAUGUGGUGCCAUCAGAAAGAAACAAUUCCUUCUUCCUUCUAUGCUUUGUAACUUACAUCGAACAACAUCUUUGGAGUUUCAAACCCCAGUUUAUUUUGUGUUCAAAAAGUACAAACAAGGAUUUCAGGACGAAUUUUUAGGAUGAAUCAAAUACAUAACUAAUAGUUGGUGAAUGAAAACAG